AUGAUUUGCAAAUAAAUUAACCCUCCCCUAGAUAAUAAGGAAUAAUCUAGUAAAAUGUUGUUCACCAAUAGGUUAGGUUUGAGUAAUAACCUGGCUAAUAAGGUCUCAACAAUGGCUCUUAUAUGUGUAUUAGCUCUUAUAGCAAUAGGAUUUUUUAAGAAGUACUUCUAUACAAUUGGUGGAUUCUUUCUAAUUUUAUGCUUUAUCCAGAAAUUCGUCCUAAGAACUUGCAGAAAAUGGAAACUCUCAGUUUUUAUAAUUCUCAGGUUUAUAUUCAAUGCUAACAUCACUACUAUAAUUAUCAUUGUUAUACUUUCAACUAUAAAGCUUGAGGAACUUGCUUUUCAAGAUGUUUCUUGGGAUUCAAUGGCAGCCCCUGUUUACUUUUUCAUGACAGAAUUCCUUCUGAUAAGCAUAGUUUCAUUUGUAGUACUGGUUAAUUGCUUCAUCUAAAUUUGCUGCAAUCAAAGCAAGAGAUCAAGAAAUUUAAACUUGAAUCAUUAACUUAAUGCAAUUUAAAACAAUCUAUAAGCAGCUGCUUAAUAAAGUGCUUAGUUUAACGAUAGAAGUAGUAAUUCUAGUAUUGAUGGGAUGAGUAUGAUUAGUGGAGCGAGUAGACAGAGUACUACUGGAUAUUCUAGUGAAGGAUUGCUCAUUUUAUUUUUGCUGCUUAGAAACAUAACCUAAUUAAGUGAGUUAAAGAAAGAAAGUGGUUAAGAGGAUGCUAAUAUUGUUAACAACCGAGGAGAACUAAUUUUGCUAUAUUUAUUUGGAAUCAUAGCCUUGACUAUCGCAUUUUUCGACUAAUUAAAAGAUGGAGCGCCGUAAAAUCCUAAUCCUAAUGAUUAAAGAGAUUCAUAGAAUGAGGUAAAUGAAAAUGAGUUAUAUCAACAAGAACUAGAAAAAAUUAUGGCUGAUCCCGAGGUAAAUAAAGUACCUAAAUUCUUCAUGAAAAUAUCGAACUCAUAUUUUAUGAGUGCUCACAAAUAUACUGAUUAUCUCAAAAGUUUCCUAUUUAAGAAAAGAAGGAGAAUUAACACUACAUAGAUUACAACAGAAAUAAACUAGAAAAAUAACAAUACAAAUACCAAAAUUACUAACGAAAGAAUUACAAAACAAGAUGAGACAAUUAAAGCUGAUAAACUUAACAAAAAGAACGAAUUGACUCCAAAUAGUGGUUCAAAAAAACCUAGUAAAAAAAUUUUAGCACAAAAAAGGCUAGCAACUGAGGAAUAUUUCGAUGAAUUAUUCUUUAAAAAAGCAGAAAAAGAUAUACUUAGUACAACUAAAAAAUAAAGAAACACGUUUAGAGAGACGAAUAAAUUGCCACAAUAUCUUUAAAGCUAUGAAGAUGUACCGAAUGAAGUAGAAAGCUUGAAAAGCUCCAUUUAAAACGUUGACUGCAUGAUUUGCUUUUCUGCUUAAUCAGAUUCUGUUAUAUCUCCAUGUGGACAUGGUGGAGUUUGCUUUGAAUGCUGUUAAAGGAUAAUUUAAGAUGUGGUGAAGAAAAACUAGUUCACUUCCUUCAAAAAUUAAAAAAUAUAUAACUUUAGAUGUCAUCUGUGUAGAAUUAUCGGGCUCAAAGUUUACCAGUUAAACUUCAAUUAGAUAAAAGAGAAGCAAUUUAAGUGCAAAAAGGGGAGUAUUAAACAAUAGGAUAAAUAUCUAAUCGCAUAGAAGUAACUAUGCAUACCAGUAAAAUGCUUAAUUGAUCUUAGACUUAAUCCAUUGAUUUGCAUUAAUCUAGGACCUGAGGAUAGUAAAAAUGUAAGUGUGGAAUUUCAGCAUUACUAAUCAAUAGAAGAAUGCAAGUCGGCUUAAGAUAUCCAUGAAUACGAUGAACUUAAUUUUACUUAGAACCCAGAAAAUAGAAUCAACCAGUACAUAUUUUAGAAUGCCCAAAGUGAAAAUGAUGAAAUGGCUUUUGAAAUCAGAGAUAAUAACUUAGAGGAUACCAGUAAGUUCUCUUAGACUAAAGAUAUUGGAUUUAAAUACUACCAGAAUUAACAUUACUAAGUUAAUAUUAAUGCUCAUGGUAUAAAAAAUUCACUUGAAGAAUCCGGUAAAAUAAGUCUAUAGUUUGAAUUGCCUGAUGAUAUUGAAGAGGAAUUAGAUUUGUCUUAGUAAAUUUAUCACAAAGAUAAGUAUUUUAAAGAUGAGACUCUUAGAGUAAACUUGAAAGAUACCUUAAUGAAUGAUUCACAACUUGACGAUCUUAUUUGA